AUGUGGUCCGUUCAGUGCUGUUUCAGGUGCGCAGAAGAUCGCUUUAUAACGCUUGGAUACAUGGCACAGGCUUAUUGUGAUGCAGGCGAUUAUCAGCAGAUGUUACAGUAUGCCUUGCAACAGAUGGAAUUGGCUAAUAGACGGCAGGAUGAGUACAUGAAGAGCGAAGCAUUCCUGAAUCUGGCCAAGGCUUACGAACGAUUGGCUGAUUUCAGCAAAGCUAUUGGCUACGGACGAGCCAGUGUGCAGCAUCCGAGCAUGGAUCCGAGAACUCCCGGACAUGCGCAUCUCGUAAUAGCGCUCGCACAGCUUGGAUUUAGUCAGUUCCAAGCCAGUCUCGAAGCAUUCGGAAAAGCGAUGUGCGUCGCGAAUCGAACUGCCGAUAAAUUAUUAGAAUUACAAGUGUGUGUUGGGCUGGGCGCUCUCUUCACUUUGCUCAGGGACAUGUCAAAAGCAAUUAUAUUUUUACGAAAUGCACUAGCAAUAUUGCAUGGCGUGACGGUUGAUGAUGUUCAUGCGAAAUAUCGUAGUGUGGUUCUUUAUCAUUUAUCGGUUGUGCUCAGGAUAAGGGGUUCACUGGCCGAUGCGAAAGCUGCCUGCGAUGAGGCGAUGCAGCUUGCACAGGAAACGGGUAAUCGUUCUGUAUAUGCUCGAUGUUUAUGUUCUCUGGCUGAUAUAUGCCGGGAAUUAGGUGAAUCUGAAGCUAAGGAAACCUUAACUAAAAGUUGGGCUCGUUACGGUGAAGCAUAUCGAAUAAUGCGCCAAACAAACGAUCGAAUGGGCGAAAUAUUGGUUCUCGGAAGUAUGGCCAAAUCCGCAUCCGAAUGUCGCACUUAUUACACUGGGCAGUGCGAGUGUCAGGUUUGUUUCUCUGCUUUUUGA